AUGGUAACAUUGGUGAAACAAGUUCAAAGCACACCUUGCUCAAGCACAUUUUUCUCAGCCCUUGUGCAACUCAUUCCUUGUAGGGCAUCAGUUGCUCCUUAUAGCCCAAUUCCACCCACUGAUGCAUGCUGUAAUGCCCUUAAAGCUUUAGGUCAAUCAUGUUUGUGUGUUCUAGUUAAUGGACCUCCGAUAAGUGGCGUGGAUCGUAACAUGGCUUCGCAAUUGCCGGAAAAGUGUACCUCAAACUUUGAACCUUGUGUGAAUUUAUAUGAUGAUCGUGAAGUUGGAGCAUGA